UUCCCAGUCGCCUUUGCAAGCUCCUCAUUUACUGAUUAAUACAUUUACAUAUGUACAUAUUUGAAUUAUCUUAAGCAAAGCAAUAUAGAUGAAGGAUUAUAUGGUUAAAAUAUUAUUUAAUAUUCGAGGGAAUAUAUGUGUUAUUAAAAUGUAGGCCAAAGAGAAUGGAGUACAAGUAAGGAAGGAUAAAAAUUCAUUACACACUUGGUGUAAAAUCGAUCUUCGGGAUAGAUCGCACAGUUUUGUGAUCUAUAUUUUUGUAAAAAUGGCCGACUUGGAGGCUGUGCUGGCUGAUGUCAGCUAUCUCAUGGCGAUGGAGAAGUCUAAAUCAACUCCAGCCGCCAGAGCAAGCAAGAAAAUCAUCCUUCCUGAUCCAAGUGUGAAGAGUGUUAUGAAUAAACAUUUGACGAAAAUGGGCGAAAUAAAGUUUGACAAAAUAUUUGGACAAAAAUUAGGAUUUUUAUUAUUUAAGGAAUAUUGUGAACAAAUCUGUGAUGAAUCUGUCCCUCAGUUAAAGUUUUAUGAAGAGAUUAGAAAAUUUGAAAAACUAGAGACAGAUGAAGAAAGAAUAAAAUUAGGAAAAGAAAUUUACGACCAAUUUAUAAUGAAAGAACUUUUAUCACAAUCACAUACAUAUACAAAAGAAGCUGUAGAUUCUGUCAAAGAAGCCUUAACAUUAGCACAAAGAAAUAAAACUCUAAAUCCACACAUUUUUGAACCAUAUAUAGAAGAAAUUUGCAAUUCAUUGAGAGGCCAUAUAUUUGAUAAAUUUCUAGAAAGCGACAAAUAUACAAGGUUUUGUCAAUGGAAAAAUUUAGAAUUAAACAUACAGUUAACCAUGAACGACUUUAGUGUACAUAGAAUUAUAGGAAGAGGAGGUUUUGGAGAAGUAUAUGGAUGUCGGAAAGCAGAUACAGGGAAAAUGUAUGCAAUGAAAUGCUUGGAUAAGAAGCGUAUUAAAAUGAAGCAAGGAGAAACAUUAGCAUUAAAUGAAAGAAUAAUGUUAUCUCUAGUCAGUACAGGGCAAGAAGGCAGCCCAUUCAUAGUGUGUAUGACUUACGCUUUUCAAACUCCAGAAAAAUUAUGUUUCAUCUUGGACUUAAUGAAUGGAGGGGAUCUACACUAUCAUCUGUCUCAGCAUGGAGUAUUUUCAGAGAGGGAAGUCAGGUUUUAUGCAGCAGAAGUUAUUCUGGGAUUAGAACACAUGCAUAAUAGAUAUGUUGUCUAUAGAGAUUUAAAGCCUGCUAAUAUAUUACUUGAUGAAAAUGGUCAUGUACGAAUAUCAGAUCUAGGUCUGGCUUGUGAUUUUUCCAAGAAAAAACCUCAUGCAAGUGUAGGUACACAUGGAUACAUGGCUCCAGAAGUUUUAUCCAAAGGUACUCCAUAUGAUUCCAGUGCUGAUUGGUUUUCCUUUGGCUGUAUGCUGUAUAAAUUAUUAAAAGGACACAGUCCAUUUAGGCAACAUCGGACCAAAGACAAACAUGAAAUAGACCGAAUGACCAUGACAAUGAACGUUGAGUUACCAGAUUCCAUGUCUCAAGAAAUGAAAACAUUAUUAGAAGCUUUAUUAUGUAGAAAUGUGGAAGAUCGAGUUGGCUGCAUGGGCAGAGGAGCUAUUGAAGUUAAAGAACAUCCAUUUUUCCGUGGAAUAGAUUGGACUCAGGUGUAUUUACAAAAAUAUCAGCCCCCAUUGAUACCUCCAAGAGGAGAAGUUAAUGCAGCUGAUGCUUUUGAUAUUGGUUCAUUUGACGAAGAGGAUACCAAGGGCAUAAAGUUAACCGAGUCAGAUCAGGAUUUGUACCGAAAUUUUCCAUUGUUGGUAUCAGAACGAUGGCAACAGGAAGUAGCUGAGACUGUAUUUGAUGCAAUUAACGCUGAUACCGAUAAACUAGAAUUAAAACGUAAACAAAAACCAGGGUCAGAUUCUUCUUACUACCAGCAAGAUGGACCAACAGAUUGUAUAGUGGAAGGUGAAGUAUUGAAAUUAGGUGGACCAUUUCUUCAAGCCUGGCAGAAGAAACAUUUAAAGCUAUAUCCAAACCGUUUAGAAUUUUAUCAUAAAAAUAGAGAUGGACAGAUAGUCUAUGGUAAAGGUGUAGAGCUCGUAUCAAUGUUAGAUAUCAAAGAAAUAUAUCCAGAUUUCCAAAAGUUUAACAAGACUGAAAAUUGUAUUGUGAUAGUCCUGAAAACUGACACCAAACUAAUUAUAACAUCACCAGAUAAGGUGCUAAUCACUCAGUGGAAGGAUGAAAUCAUUAAUGGACAUAAAACUUCUCUACAAAUUAUGUCAAAUAUGACCAGCAAAGGUUUCAAGAUUUACGGUGCUUUAACAAACAGUCCAAGCACCGAAAAUUUUAAACCUCCUUUGGAACAUCGUAACAGUAAUGGAAGCUAGACCAGUGUUCUAUUUAGUAGUGUUAUCUAGAAAGAAUAUUUGGAUACGAGUUUACAUUGAGCGAGUUCUAGAAACAUUCUCCAUAUCUCACAUGCAACUUAAUACUACGUGAGACAUGGCGUACACACAGCGCCAUUUAUCAUGUAAUGUUUCUUCAAGUAGAUCUCAUGGUGCCAAGGAUUCUUAUUUUAACCUUUAAUUAACAGCCUGUGAGCAAGCAUUGAAGUGAUCCAGAUGGAUUACAAACUGUGGAUUUAGAGAUGGCGCCACAGGUUGUGUGUAAUACACCAAAGUUGUUGUCUCAAUGUGGAUGUGGAUUUGUAGUGAUAGCGUGUCAGAGAUUUUAUACGAACAGGUGGAUUUUAUUUUAGUUUAUGACUGUGAUCUGUUUGUUUUGUUUUCUAUUAGCAAAAUAACUGUAGCUCUUUUCAAGGUAAAAAGUUACGACUAAAAUUGAUUGUAAGUUCAACCAAUAUGGUUAUGACUUACUAGCAUUUUUUGUAAGAUUUUUUGUGACAAGAGCCGCUGAUUUUUUUUCUCAUAUAGCUGUAAGUGUUUGCUACCUCGAUGUAUUUCACAUGAUAUGGGACAGCACAAAGUCUGUUCAUUAUAAUUAUUACAUUUUUACAUCAUCGUUUAUUCCUUUUCAACAGUUCUCUGUGUAAAUGUGGUUUUCAUAUUGGAAUCUCAUGUGAAAAUAUAUUGCAUUGGAAAACAGGUGUCAUUGAAUAAUUGUUAUAACGAUGGGUAGAAACAGAGCUAAUUGGAUAUUGAUGGUAAAGCAAUUAGUAUGAUAAAUAUAUUUAUCUCUAUAAUAUAGAUAUAAAAAAAUCUCAGGAUGUGAAAAUAUUUGACCUGAGUCUGUUACCCCAAGCGCAAAAUUUGAUAAUAUGAUAAUAAUAUUUUCAAUAUGCUGUAUGUGAUACAAAUCAGAUUUUAUGACAUGUUUUUUUUUAUUAUUUAGAAAAAAAAAACAAUAUUUCGUAUUAAAAACAUGACCAUAAUCUGAACAAAGAGUGAACAUUUUUGCAAUUAAUUUAUGAUUUUUUUUUGUUACUAUUUUGAAUCUCAAUGAAAAGAUAAAAUAUUUUUAUUUACAUGUAAUAGUGCUUCAUAAUGAUGGUCUGCCAUAAAUUAUAAUAUAGCUUAGACCUUUAGUAAUGAUUGUUCAAUUUUUUAUGGCCUUUAGACAUUAUCUUGAAUAGGGAGACAUCAUUGAGAUGUGUUUAAAUAGAUAUAAGAAGAUGUGGUAUGAGUGCCAAUGAGACAACUCUCCAUCCAAGUUUAUAUUUUACGACUGCAGGGUUAUUUCUACCUACUAUUUUGUAUGGCUUUAGUUUGUUAGACAGAAAAUUGGUCUCCAAUGUCUAUUAAGAUCACUUUUAAUGCUAAUUUGUACUUUUCAAUGUUUCGGGUUGUUUUUAUUAUUUUUUUUUUAGGGGGGGGGGGGGCUAUCCAGAUAAUGAUGAGAAUUAUAUUACCAUAAAGAAUUACCAUUGAGAAAAAAAAAUACUGAUCUUGCUUAAAUUAUUGAUUAUUCUAGAUUUUUGUUGUUGAAUAUUUACAAACAAAGAUGAUAAUUUUUCAUGAAAAUUCAAAUUCAUUUCUUCCCUUGUCUAUAGUCUCUCUCUGUGAAAAAAAAUCAACUUUUCCCCACAAGGGCAUUAUCUUGUUAUCAGAAUAAUGGCACUUUAGGGGAAAAUAUGUUGUAUGCAUUUAAGUGACUUAUUUCCCUGUAGUAACCAUAAUGGACAAUUAGACAAGAAAUGUUCUUUCCUCAUCCAGUGAUUUAAUAUAAGCUACUUUUUAAAGUUACUUAUAAAGGAUCAAUUGUUCCAACAUACUCCCAUUUCAAUAAAUUCAGAUUUUUGCAUACUAUUUAGAAAUGUGGAUUCGUACCUGUAUCCUGUAAGAAAGUGGCUGAAUUUUUCAUUCAUGUUUGUUUGUGAGAACCAGAAAAUUUGUUUUAUCGGGCCUAAAUUUUUCUAUAAUCUUAUAUCUUGCUUUUAAUGCCUAAAUAAUGAAUUUGGUCUUGCUUUUUUCUAAGAGAUGCAUUUGGAUUUUCAAAGCAAUUAAUACCCUAUAUUUCGUAUAGUUUCGUAAAUACAUUAUAACUCAAGAUUUUUAGAUUUUUAUGGCUUCUUCAGUGGUUUAUACGGCUUGACAUUAGUUUUGCAUUUUCAAAUGAAUCUUUUCAUAUAGUUAUAUUUUGAAAACAAGUGCAAUGAACUAUUUUGCUUGUUAGUAAUUUUGAUAGGUUAUAAACUGUAUUAAUAUCUUUAAAAAAAGAGCUUGACAAACAUAAUAAGUAACCUGUAUAAAAAAAGUUUUUUAUGAUAAAUUUCAAUAGCUUGACAAAAAUCUGUUUCAUGAUAGUAAUAAUUGCCAUGUAAUAGAGUUUCAACAUAUUUGUAGGCUCUUGAGCAGUUUUAUUUUAUUAAAAUCUGUCGUGUUAAAAAAAAAAAUGACUCAAAUAUUGUAUAAUGAUAUUUUUCAUUUACACAUUUUGUAUGUUAUUCAAUCUGAUCUCCUGUUGCUUGCAUAACUACUGGUAUUAUUUCACAAGAGAUUGAAGUGUUUUAAUACAAAAAAAUUACUCCACGACAACAUACAUAAAAUUUUUUUUAAAUUGAUUAACCUUUGUUGGCCCUGAAAUUUUUUUUAAUAAAUUGGUAAAAAUACUUAUUUACUAAUAUUUAACAGUACUAACAUGACAGACAAUGCCUAUACUGUUAUAGACAUUCCUGAUCAGAAAGAACUAGUAUCUAAUUCUCAAUAGAAACAAGUUUCCAAGUUUUGUAAACUAAUCAUACUCAAUUAAUUGUAUGAUUUCAUGAUGUUUCAAGUUUUCAAGAACACAAAUUAUAUGAAAGCUUUUUCUAAAUAAUUAUUUAUUCAAUAUUAGAAACAAUAAACAUUAACAUUAUGCCAGAAUUAAGCCAUAUUGCUAAAAAUUUCUGCUAAUGUGACCUCUGUUUAAUAUCAAAAUUACAAAAACUUUGGAUUUUGUCAAUGCUAUGGUGCAACUGUAAAUUUCAAAUGACUAUUACAAAGAAAAAAUUGCUUUUCAGAAAUUAAAAAAAUGGUUUCAAGGUACAAAUAUUUUCAGGAAUUCUCAAAUACAUGUAUUGAAAAAAUUAUUAAUACUUACUUAUUUUUUUAAAGUUUUUCGCUUUUUAAUAACUCUUAGAACAGACAAAAUAGAUCAAUUAUAAAAAAAAUUAUUAAUGAAACAUGUAUCUGGAAAAUACUUGUUGACUGCUCAGCUCAGUAUUUUCAUAACAUCUAAUAUUAUGGUCGCAUAAUGAUGGGCAAAGUGCAAUAAAUAACAACCUCACUUAUCUAGUGCUUAAUAUUAGCUCGUGGCAUGAUGUCUUGUCUGUGCAGUCAAUAUAGAUUAUAGUUAAUAGCUUGUGGCAAUAUGUCCACUAACACUCUCUGUUCUAUGUGUGUGUGUGCAAACUAUCUAUAGAUUAUAUAAUGUAGUGGUCAAAGUUCUGUGAAUUAUCCUCCAACUUAUAACUGUGCAAAAGCAUUGUAGAAUUUAUCUAUGUGGUGAAAUUAUAUUCAAAUUGUUAUCAACACUCACCGAUUUAGUUUGCCCAAUUUCAAAAUCUGUGAGAAUGAUUUAAUUAUAAUGUAGAGUAAAUAAAGACAAAGUCUUUGAAAAUUGCAUAGUUUUUAUUGUCAUAUUAAUAUCAAAUAUAGAUUAAAGUUAUAGUUACUCUGAAAUUAUUGUAGGCAAUUAUCAAUGUGUAUGGUUAAAAAAGUUGACUGAAGUGUGAAAUUUAUGAAUGCGAAUCAUAGAAAUCUGUUAUUGAAAUAUGUUUUAUUUGAACAUUUCGGUUUUGAAGAAGGCUAUCUAAACUCAUAUUUUUCACAUCAUUAAAACAUUGCAUUAAUUUCUGAUCUACAGGAAAUGAAUAUCACAAUAUAUGAUAACAAUGAUGUAAGACAGGUGGUGAUAUACUAGUCCCAAAUGAAGUCAUGAAUUACUAGUAAUGUGAGUCUAGGAUUUCUGGUUAUAGAAUGUUUACAUUACUUUCCUAUGGUGUUAAUAAAUCUUUUUUUAUUUUGGCCUAUACUAGAUCUGUAUGAAAUUCUAAAUUAUUCAUGUAAUUGUAUCAGCUGCAAAUUCAUUUUUCAAUUUAUACCUUAUGCUGCAUACAGUUAAAAUGCUUGAAAAAAAACAGUGCUAGAAAUUUUUAGGUAACAGUUAUGUCCCUUGAUUUUAAAAACAAUUCCCAACUUUAAAUAUUUUUUAAAAAUUCUAAAUACUUCAGGAAUUUAAUGCUUAAUUCGUGUACAUUUUGACUACAUGUAUUAACUUUUCUUUUAGAUUAGUGAACUCACAUCUGUGAAGAGCUGGCUAAGGGAGAUAACUAUUUAUUCCAUUUUUGCGUAUUCUGUAGUAAAUAUUUUUAGCAGUAGAUAGUUAGGUUCUUAGUGAUGGAUUGAGAUUUUUGUUCAGCUAUAAUACUACAUUUACAUUUUAUCUUUAUUGAUAAAUUUUAGAUUACAGUUUUUGAAGCUGUGCAUUUAGAAAAUGUGCUUUAUAAAAAAUGACUGUAGAUGCCUCAGGUUUUACUCUGUUUGUAGCAUUCAUAGAAGCUGCUUUCUUUGGUAGAAUUCGCAAUGUAUGUUUAUCUUCCUUUUUUAAAUCAUUAAGGACAAUCUUCUGUUACAAAAAUCAUGUUUAUGAAAAUAAGAAAGAUGGUACCUUCAGAUUAAUUUACUUGUGAAAGAAAUAAUAAUCCAGUCACUCAUAAAUCAAGACCCCGUUAAAAAAGAAGAUGACAACAUUUUUCUUUGUUUUAUAGUCACAAUUUUCUUUCAUCCACUAAAAUUUAUUCCUGAACUCAUUGUUUGGAAAAGUAACAGUAGAACAAUAAUUGCCGUCUUGAUGUUUUAAAAGCUAAUAUUGUUUCCCUGUUUGAAAUUAACCUAGUAAGAGGCCUGCAAACAUAUCUUUACAGUAUGGACAAUCUUAUUUUAAUCUAAAAUGUAACUUUCAUAUAUACGUGCAUAUUGGUAAAAAAGGUAUUUAACCUUUACAAUCUAAUAAAAGGUGUAUAUUAAAAAACUAUCCCUUACAUUUGGAUUAAACUGUCAGUAGACAAUCUUAAAUUUAGUUCAAGAUGUCAAGAAACUUAAGACUGUCUAACAUUUGGGCCAUAAUGUCAAUCAUGCAUGGGGACUUCUGCCUAAAGACAAAAAGAUUUUCACAUUUAGGUCAUAAUGUCAAUCUUGCAUUGGGGGGCUUCUGCCUAAAGACAAAAGGACUAUUUUCACAUUUGGGUCAUAAUGUCAAUCUUGCAUUGGGGGCUUUAGCCUUAAGACAAAAAGACUAUUUCACAUUUGGGUCAUUAUGUCAAAAGACUAUUUUACAUUUGAUGUAUCAUAAUAAAAGACUAUCUAAUGCUUGGUUGAUGUUUUUAAAUGACUAUCUAACUUUUGCUUCAUAAAUUUCAAAAGACUGUCUUAUAUUUGGUUCAUAGGUCCAAAAGAGUAUCUUACAUUGGGAUCAUUGUCAAAAUAAACCAAAUGUUAAAAUAUAUCAUUAAAAAUCUUAGUUUAAGAGUGAUCUCUUUUACUAACAAUAGUUCAAGAUAUUAGAAAACGAGCUUUCAUAACUAACAUCUUUUCAAAUGUAGGUUGUUGCUGCUCAGUUUGUUGAAAGAUAAAUUUCUGAACUCCCAGUUACAUUAAACUUAAUAUCAAUGAAUCUUCUUAUUAUUAAGUUAUGAAUGGUGUUAUUUACACCUUAUACGGUAAUGACGAUUGGCCACAUUAUAGUGUAUUAUAAAAGUCAACAUGAAAAUUGUGCUGUCAUAAUAUUUGCAAUUGUCCCACAUUUUGUUGAAUGAUAAGUUAUUGAACUCAAAAUAACUGAUAAAUGUUGACCAGGGUUUUUUUUCUGAUGUGUUUAUGUUAUUAAGUUAUUAUUGCUUUUUUCUACAUCCAUAUAAUUUAUAGGGUAAUGAUGCUUGUUUCACAUUCAAGUGUAUUAUAAAAAAUGUAUGACAUGAGCUGUACAUGUAUAUGUUUUUUUACACAACUCUUCAAUGGUGUAGAUUUUUUUUAACUUAUCAUAUUGUGUACUAUUAAAGCAUAAUAGAUAAUGUCUGAAAUUAUGUUGUUGAAAUCGGUGGUUGUACUUAUAUAUUGAGAGAGAAAAAAUGGUAUUUAAGGGGGUACAUUACAUUUAUGGGAGAUAACUCUUGAUUAGUCAGCAAAACUGUUAAAAGCAUCGUGAUUUUCAAACAUCUUGUUAACACAGACUCACAUUUUAAAUACAGAUCUCAUCAUAUGUUUUGAGUAUUGGAUUUUUUUUUAUGAAAUGUUGUGUCCAAUUUGGAUAAUAUUUUGUAAUAAUUAAGAAUUUGGUAUCUGAAAUAUUCCCAAAAAUUUGAUAAAAUGAAUAUAAUUCAACAAAACUAUAUGUGUACCCCCUUAAAGGACACUAGAUUUUUUUUAAUAGCAGAUCAGAUGUUUCAUUGUGCGAAAAAAUUGUUUGUUUCAUAUCUCACUUUGUUUAGAAUUCACUGAUCUCUAUUAGUGAAGGUAUGUCUCUUGGCAAGGAAUUUGAAUGAAAGGGCACAUUUCUAAACAUAUUAAAUUGAAAUGGUAUGAAUUGUAGGUACAUCUCAGAUCAAUUUUAAUAAUAAACAUAAAUGAAUAUUGCAAUUUAAUAUACAGUUUAAGGAAUCUGGAUCAUGAUCGUAUGUUAAUCCAAAAUUGAUCACAUGACUUCAUUUAACUUAUGAUCUCCUCCCCAAACUUAUGAAAAAAGUAUAUACCGGUAAUCAGUUUGUAUGGUAGAAUGUCUAUACUAUAUAUUAUCCUCAUCUGUCUGCCAUUACUAGACAUCAUAGAUGUUCCCAUUAGAUUGUCAUGUCAUAAGAGAAAUGUUGCAGAUUCCUGAACAACCAUUACCGUAAAUAGAUCAGACAAUAUAUACAUAGUGAUGUCCAAUUUUUAAUAUAUUUUCUUUUAUUGCCAUAACUUUUACUUGACUAACACUUGAAAAAUGGCAUUACUGAUACUUUGAAAAGAUAUUGUGAGCUUUUACUCCAUGUUGAAGUCCUUGCUGUGACUUUGAGAUGAAGAAUAACAAAUAUAGUACUGUUCCCUUGCUUUGGGUUUUCUCAAGUGUUAAAAGGGAUUAUGUGUCAUGAACCAUUACACCAUAUCCCUUUCUUUUUGUUAUUAAAGCAAUAGAUACACAGGUCCUUCCUUAAAAUUUAUAAAUGUAUCUAAGAUAUCUUGUGUAAGCAGGCAGGCAAAUAAAAAAGAAAUGUUUUGUUUGUAGAAUGUUAGAAUUUUAUUUAUGAUCUGAAAUUGUGACAGAUCUUAGUAAUGUUUAGGACUUUAUUAUAUUGACAAAUUUUAUCAUUGGUUGGUUCAGAGCAGAUUACUUUCACAUUGAUUUUUGUCAUAUUCAACCGUAAACUUGUCAAGUUUCCUAACAGCUAUGAAUUUGAUCACCAUUUUUACUUUCAGACUUGCUGAAUUGCUUUAAUUAAACCAUAUCAUAAUAAUCAGUGAUAAAAAUUUGGCUGGUCCAAGUUUUUUACUUAAAAUGUGAAUUUUUAUGUAAAUGUAUAUAUUUAUUUACAGGUUAAAUCAUUCAUGCUCCAGUAUUUAUAUGGUGGUUAUCUCCCCUUUGAUACUGGAGUAUUGAGGAACAGUUCAAUGUAUUUGAAAUCCAUAUGUUAUAAAUUUCUUGUCAGUUUUUGAAUAGAUUUUAAUAUACAUCCAGAUCUAUUGUUCAAUAGCAUUCGAUUUUCAUUGUAGUUCAGUGUAUAAUUUUCAUGCAUUGUUUAAACUAUUUAGAUGUCAUUAGAUAACGUGUAUUUUCUUGAGGUUAAAUUGUCGAAAGUUUUACUUUGAGACAUACCAGUUUGUGUGACAGUAGCUCACCAUAUCUCAUGAGAUCUCACACAACGAGAUUGAGGCUCAUACUGACUUCACUCUUUGUCUUUUGUCUCAAUCAUUAAUUAAACCAGUUUAUAUGUAUGAAAAGAACAUGCCACUGUAAUGAAUAAAAACACAUAAAAACUUGA